ACAGUUGAUCUGACCAGUUUCAGAAUCAACCUCCAGUUGUCCAGGGGUGAUCCGGUACUCCUGGCCUCCUCCUUUCUCUCCUUCUCCUUACAGAGGAGGUUUCUAUUCCUUCUCCCUUAUACUGCCUCUCUUUCUUUGGAUCCCCCAAUGCUUCAACCCUAAUCCUUGUAUUUUUCUUGGCUUUGAUCUUUUUUUUUUAUUCUAAAGUCCAAGAUUUCGCUGUUAAUUUCAACAUUCGUCCACCCUACUCUUCGUCAUCUCGCCUUCCAUUUUACAUUUGGAUCAACCAAUCAACCAGGCAACUAAUAGACAAGUCAACAGCAGGCGCAAAACCCAAUCGACAAGCAAGUAUGACAGACAAACCAGGUAUGGGAACGGGUGGCGGAGAUGAUGCAGGAAGCAUCAUGGCAUUGCUGGAGCGUGUGGCGGGCCUCAUGGACAGCGUCCAGACCACGCAGAAGCGUAUGGAGGAACGUCAGUUGGAGCUGGAGAACACGGUAAAGACCAUCCAGACCGACGUCGUCAAGCUGACCAACGACCACGCCAAUACUAGUUCCACUGUCGACCGGCUACUGGAGAAGACGCGUAAGGUCAGCCGCCACAUCAAGGACGUCAGGGUGCGUGUGGAGAAUCAGAACAUGAGGGUGAAGAAGGUGGAGGCCACCCAGGGCGACCUCCUGGCCAAGAACAAGUUCAGGGUGGUCAUUUAUCAGGGUGACCAGGAGGUGAAGGCCGUCGCACCAGGCAAUGAGCCAGCAGAACCCAGCGGCAGCACCGGCGCCAGAGCAUCGGUGGAACCGGACAAGUUUGAGCUCCCUCCAGAUUCGGAUGAGGAGUACAUGGUGGUGGAGGAGGCAGACUCGGCGGCUGGCCGCAUGAAGAAGACGGGGCUGACACGCAUCGAGAGCUUCAAAGCCACCUUCUCCAAGGAGAACAUGAGCAAGACCCGCGAGAACCUGGGCAGCAAGGUCAACAAGUUUGGCGAGCGCAUCGUGACAGCCGAGAGGCGCGAGAAGAUCCGCCAGUCCGGAGAGAGGCUGAAGCAGUCCGGCGAGAGGCUGAAGGAGACCAUCACCAAGACCGUCCCGGCCAAGCUCAACCUGAAGAAGGAGAGGACUGUGGCGGAGGGCCAGGAAGGAGCUGAGGGCGCCACAGAGGGAGCCGCACCCAUCCCUCCUCCCAAGGGCCGCAAGGGCAGCCCGGAAGCUGCCAAGGCCGCUGAGGAAGAGGGCAAGGCAGAGGAGUCUGAAGUGCCGAUGUACGACAUGAAGCAGCUAUCGUAAACCGUGAGACUGCGACAAAAUCUGGGCCGUUUUCUUUGGACCACUGAGACCACACAGAUGGAGGGAAAGAAGUUUUUAGGGUUGGUGCUACCAAGCAGAGCUGCACGAGGGCAAAUACUGAAGAUUAACAUUUGUUUGAACGCUGUUGAAGGAAGUGAGCAGAGACCAGGACGGUCACAGAUCCAACCUGACUGAAUAUCAAGACAACAAGCAAACAGAUUCCUGAAAUGAUUGAGCUCAUUUCACAUGCAGUUAUAUGUGUUCUGGACAUUUAUUAUCAAAUAAGCAAAUAUAUAUAUCGUAUUUUUUUUGUUUUGUGUUCAAUAAACACUGACUUUGGAAAAUAAAUGAACAAAGUUUUCAGCGUUCAGAACUUCUCCACAAAACUUCGUCACACCGCUGCUGUUCACUUUUUCUGCAUGUUGAUGAGGCUGAAAUGUUGGAUGAUAAAGGUAUAACAGAGUUACGGUACGUGAAAUGAUUGUAGUUAAAAGGUUCAAAUCUGUGUGUCACUGGGGAGACAACAAUCGGGGGGGAGGCUGUGUGUUCCUAUAGAGGUCUUCACAGGUCCAAAUGUCUGGACCUGUAUUACACAUAUUCACACACAGACCCGAGACAAAAUAAAUGGACCCUACCCAGAUAUAUAGUAUAUAAUUUGCACCUACCCCGAGUAAGACCUAAAAGUCCGAUUGAUUGAAUACUUAUUGAGCUGAUAAACCCCUCAUAAGUUAGUGGCUUGAGGACCUGACAGUGGCUCUAUAUAAAACCAGAGGAAUAUUUCAGAAAUUCUUUACCACCCUCACAUGAGUAAAAGACUUCUUAUGUACGGUUAAGGAAGUCCAAGUUUAAAAGUCUUUAAAUAUUGAUUAAUUAACAUCUAAAUAAUGGAUUAUCAUAAUAUGUAAAAGGUGUACUGUAUAAAGUUUUAGUGUGUUAGUGUUGGGUGAGUGAGAGAAUUGUCCGAACAGUCUUGUAGCUGCAGUAUUAAGUGGUGUUUGGGGAAAUUAUUCCACGCUGGGGAAAAUGUAUCUUAAAGAUCAGAAUUCCUGAUUCAUUUGGAAGGAAAUUUAGUUUUUGUGUAAACAGUGUGGUUUUAUUUUCACCUGAGAGCAGUAACAGUAUGUCUUUCUGAUGUUCAUAAUAUAGGCAAACCUUGUAACUUUGAUUUUUUUGUUUUACUGUUGGUGUUUUAAGCAUUUAGUAGUGAGUGACUGCAUGGCUCUAGUUUCUCAGAGAUGUGGCAUUAAAGCAGGAUUGUGUUUGAAUAGUCAUGUUGAGAAAAUAAAAGUUUACUUGAUUCAUUUCUGUAA